CACCGAUACACUUAUUACGCGCUCUUCAACGCUCACGCUCAUCUACUCGUCCACGAUAAAAACGCGACGACGACGACGACGACGGUUAUACCGACAACUCGGUCAGACGGGAUAACGACGACGAAAGGUUAAAAUCCUCGACCGGAAUUAUCACUACGAUAACAGCACUACCUACCUAUAUAAAUAUUAUUGGGCAGAUCUCAUCGCCAUAGAAUCGUUUAUAAGUACCAUACAUCAACGCGAUCACCACCCAAGAACCCACGUAGUCUUUCGCGUGCUUUUUUUUCGCCACCGCCGCCGAUUUUAUAGAUGAAAAAUGUCAUCGGCCGUUGUAUUUCAUCACAGCAGACGACGACCAGACACGGUUUUAUAGGAUAGGAAGCGAACAAAGGUUAGAGACGGUAGAGUGGAGAGUUUCCAGUUACUGGGUAUUACUCGCUAGUCACUACUCAUAAUUCUAUAACUUACAAUGGUCAAUACCCAGUAGUGAAUGGACUGUUCUCCCUCACUGUAUAUUCGCCCCGCUGCCCCUGAAUCCGCCACCGACGGCACACCUGAGAAUCGCUGCUCCAGAGUAAUCCUGCGCCGACACCGCUGACACAGACGUUGCACACUACGUACCGCCAAGACUUCUGAAUAGUAAUUAAGAUACCCUAAGGAGGACAUAUUAUGGAACCAUUUAGAAAGUCUAUUAAUAAUUCUGGAGUAAAUUCCAAAUGUGAUGAUCAAGAAUUCAAUAGAGUUAUUAAACAAGAAUUAAUUGAAGAUACAGACAAUAAUGAUGAUAAUCAAUCAUCACAAUUUAGAGUUAAAAGCGAAUUUGAAGGAGAUAUAAAUAAAGAUCAUACCAAAAUAAAAAUCGAAAAGGAUUUGAACGAUGGUUAUGUAUUGGAAGGAACAGUUAAAACCGAAUUCAACUCUUCAGAACUAAUUAUUCAAUUGAAUUCGGACACGACAUCGAAAUCAAUUAACUCAAAUGCACUCUUCACAAGACGUCCAAAUAUUCAUACCAGCGGAAGAAAAAACUUGUUUUUUUGUGACAAAUGUAAAAAGUCGUACUUUACCAAAUCAUUUUUGAUUAAACAUAUAUUGCGAUGUACGGGAAAGCUCUAUAAAACUGAUGUACAUGAUGAAGGUGUUUCUCAAGCAAAAGAUUUAAUGAACCAUAAAAGGACAAGGUAUACUGGAUUAAAGCCUUAUGUAUGUAAUAUAUGCGAUAAAAAUUUUCAUAAACUAUCACUUUUAACAGUGCAUUCAAGAAAACAUAGUGGUGUUAAGCCAUUUGAAUGUGAUAUCUGUAAUAAAGCGUUUUCUCAAGCUGGAAAUUUAAAAGCCCAUAAAAUCACACAUAUUAAAGUUAAGGCAUUUCAAUGUGCUAUCUGUAAUAAAGCGUUUUCGCAAAAAGGAGAUUUAAAAAGGCAUAUAAGUACACAUACUGGAGAUAAACCAUAUAAAUGUGAUACCUGCUACAAAGGGUUUUCUCAAGCACCAAAUUUAAAAAGGCAUAAAAUGACACAUACUAGAAUUAAGCCAUUUCAAUGUGAUAUCUGUAAUAAAUCGUUUUCGCAAAAAGCAGAUUUAAAAAAGCAUAUAAGGACACAUACUGGUGAUAAACCAUAUGCAUGUAAUAACUGUGAUAAAAGGUUUACUCAAGCAGGAAGUUUAAAAAUCCAUAAAAAUACACAUACUGGAUACAAACCAUAUGAAUGUGAUUCCUGCGAUAAAAGGUUUUAUCAACCAGAAGAUUUAAAAAGGCACAAAAGGACACACAGUGGAGAUAAACCAUAUGCGUGUGAUAUCUGUGAUAAAAGGUUUACUCAAGCAGGAAGUUUAAAAAUCCAUGCAAGGAAACAUACCAUUAAAAGGCUUUAAAAAUGCACAUUUCUUCGUCAGGUUUUGAUAAGACCAUAAACUACUCAUUUUUUAUGUAUUAAAAAUAAUUUAAUCCAUGAUAAUGUAAAACAAUGUAAGUAUAAUCAUCACUGUACUUUUAAAAGAUAAAUUUUUGUAUAUUAUGUUCUCUGCUAAUUCACAGUUAUAUUCCUUUUUUUCUCCAGUAGCGCUAUUAUAGAUAAUUUUUUAUGUUAUUUAUAAUUAUUAAUAAAAAAAUGUCUUUUUAUGUCCAUCAUUUUAAAAUUAAAUGUGUAACAUCGCAGAAUUUUUGGCCUUCAUUAUCAUUAAUUUUUAUUAUAAUUUAUAACUAUUAUUAUCUUAUACCUAU